UUGUUUCUUUGUCGUCGCGUCCCGCGUGGAAACUUGCCUAUUAUGUGGUAUCUAAAUGCCGCACAUGAUAUAGUUUAUUCUAAGCCAGAUUUAUAAUUUUGGAUAUAGAAAAACUUUAAGUGGUUGACAUGUGAUGCAGUUUUGCAAAAUAUAUUUUUGGGGGCUUAAUUUUCGAACUAAACAUGGAUUACACCUACACUUUUGAGGGAUAACACCGGUAUCCAUUUCCCCCCAACAACUGAAUAUAUGAUCCUCGUUGAACUGCAACUACAAGUAUACACCAGUGUUGAAUUGACUUGGACGAAUAUAUACGCAGACACUAUAUACGCGGGCAAAUUACUUCCCACCACACAAACAGUGUAUUGAGUAUUAAAGCCUGUCAUGCCCGCCCAUUGGAUAUACACGAAGUGUGUGUAAGUGUGUUGUGUGUGUGCACGGGAUAUGUGUUUUACACACACUGCAUGCAUAUGCUUCGCUGUUUGGAAUAGCUAAGUUUACACAUGAAUUGUACAGUAUUCAUGGCUGGGACACCAAGGCGUUUCUUGAGGAUUUAGAGUAUUGGAAUAUAACAUCGUGGAUUUUAGAUUUAUUCUGGAUUCUUGAAAGGAGCCUGUUACCAUUUGCCGCCAUGUAUCCGCAAACUAGGCAUGCAACACCCCAUCAACCUGGGCAGCCAUUCAAAUUCACAAUUCCAGAGUCAUGUGAUCGAAUCAAGGAAGAGUUCAGCUUCUUACAGGCACAGUAUCAUACGUUAAAAAUGGAUUGUGAAAAAUUAGCUCAGGAGAAAACAGAAAUGCAAAGACAUUAUGUGAUGUACUAUGAGAUGUCAUACGGACUCAAUGUUGAAAUGCACAAACAGACAGAAAUAGCGAAACGGUUGAAUGCCAUCUGUGCUCAGAUCAUCCCAUUUUUAUCACAAGAGCAUCAACAACAAGUAGCAGCUGCAGUAGAACGAGCGAAGCAAGUUACGAUGACAGAACUAAAUGCCAUCAUUGGGCAGCAGUCUGCAUUCCCACACUUCUCACCAAAUGUGGAGAGCAACCUAUCGGGCCCUGUCCACGCAUCCUUAAUGGGUCAAGCAGCAAUGCAGCAUCCUCUUCCCCAUGCACAUGCUCCUCCAGUACCUAUGCCACCUCACCCCGGAAUGCCUGGGAUACCUAGCAGUAUGUCCUCUGGUCUCUUACAGCUCUCCAGUGCUAUCGCUGCCCAAGCACCAUCGCUAUCAUCAUCUAAAGAGGAUAAAGGUCCAGAUCAUAGGAACUCCAUCUCUCCAAUGGAACGUAUGGAGCGUGUUUCAGAUAAGUACCGUAACUCAGAUCAUGGUGAGAGCAGCAGUAAAAACAUGCCAAAGCGGAAAAGAGAGGAAAAGGAUUCAGGGGAAAGUGAUUGUGACAAGAGUGAUGACAAUCUCAUUGUUGAUGUUGCAAAUGAGAAUCCUCCGUCACCGGCUCCCAAUGGUAGUCAAAUGUCACCGAGAGAAAGAGAAAGAGAAAGAGAAAAUGCUAUGGACAAACACAGGGCAAAGAAAGAGAGAUCCAGCACGCCCAACAGUAUUGCAUCAAGUGCCAGUUCACCACAAUCCAAACCUAGAGAGAACGAAAAUGAUAAGCGGAGUUCCCCUGCCCCACCAAAGUCAGAGACACCCACUAGCAGUGGAGCUGCUACUCCAGGUUCAAGCAGCAGUGCACAGGGUAUCAAGCCUCCAGUAAACAAAGUACCUCCAAGUAUAGGCCCUAGUGGAGUCAACCACGACCUUAAUCCAUAUAUGCCUCCUGGAAUGCCAAGCAACCUAUCCCCUGGAGCAUUGGGUCCCUACAGACAUCCUAUGUUCAAUCCAGGUCCUGUGCCCUUUGAUCCCCAUGCACAUACAAGAAUUUCAUCUAUACCAGGCAUACCUGGAGGCAAACCUGCGUACUCAUUUCACGUGAGUGCAGACGGUAAAAUGCAACCUGUACCAUUCCCUCAUGAUGCUUUAAUUGGUCCCGGGAUUCCUCGUCAUGCACGGCAAAUAAAUACUCUCAAUCAUGGAGAGGUGGUUUGUGCUGUGACCAUCAGUAACCCAACUAGACAUGUCUACACGGGAGGCAAGGGUUGUGUGAAGGUGUGGGAUAUCAGUCAGUCAGGUAACAGAAGUCCAGUAUCUCAACUAGACUGUCUUAAUCGAGAUAACUACAUCCGAUCCUGCAAGCUACUACCUGAUGGUAGAACACUCCUGGUUGGAGGCGAAGCCAGUACUCUAUCCAUAUGGGAUUUAGCAGCAGCUACACCUCGUAUUAAAGCAGAGCUGACAUCCAGUGCUCCAGCCUGCUAUGCUUUGGCCAUCAGCCCUGAUUCCAAGGUAUGCUUCUCCUGCUGUAGUGAUGGUAACAUUGCUGUAUGGGAUCUUCAUAACCAAACACUUGUCAGGCAAUUUCAGGGCCACACGGAUGGAGCAAGCUGCAUUGAUAUAUCACCUGAUGGCUCAAAGUUAUGGACAGGGGGUCUGGACAACACUGUAAGAUCAUGGGAUCUCAGAGAGGGAAGACAACUGCAGCAACAUGACUUCACAUCUCAGAUAUUUUCUUUGGGAUACUGUCCUUCAGGAGAAUGGCUUGCUGUUGGCAUGGAGAGCAGCAAUGUGGAAGUUCUUCAUCACACCAAGCCUGAUAAGUACCAGCUACACUUACAUGAAAGCUGCGUCCUUUCUCUCAAGUUUGCACAUUGUGGCAAAUGGUUUGUCAGUACAGGAAAAGAUAACCUCCUCAACGCAUGGAGGACUCCCUAUGGCGCAAGCAUAUUCCAGUCCAAAGAGUCGUCAUCUGUGCUUUGCUGUGAUAUCUCAGUGGACAACAAAUUCAUUGUGACAGGAUCAGGUGACAAGAAAGCAACAGUCUAUGAAGUUAUCUACUAAAUGUGUACAGGAGCUUAUCUGACAGGACAGAAAUCUCUAUUUUCAACCUCGUCAGAUUAUGAACUUUGAGGGAAAGGAUGCCUACUGUAUCUAUCAAGUAUCACAUUGUGUUCCUAAGGAGACAAACUAUCAAUGACCAAGUAUUCAUGUGAUACAGUGCUGUAUUAUGGACAGCAAGUGACAAUGAUGUUUUGAUAUUAUUAUUAUGCUCUUAGUUUUCUAUGAAUUUUUAUUUCUUUACUUUCUGUCAUGUUGUGAUUUGGACCAAAGUUUUGUUGAUCUAUUCAACGGGGUAAAUCAUGGUGCAAAAAACAAAAAGCACUGAAAAU